AUGUUCACUUUAAUAGAACAUCCUAAUUCUAAAAAAAAAAGGAAAUCAAGAUUUUUUGGAAUUAGCGGUGCUUCCAAUCCUCUUGGAGAUGAUAAUAAAGAUGAUAAUUGUGCAUCAGUCAGUAUUAAUAACAAUUUUUUAAAUACUAGUGAUGAUAAUCAAACUAUAUUUCAAUUUGAUGAAAAGUUUGGACAGACAAGUUCACAAGAUAAUGAUCAAACUAGUCAUGAAAAGUCCUAUAGUCCACCAAUGGGUCGUUUACGAAGAGAAAUGCCUAAGCCUAUUACAGCUGAAACAAAAGUUGAAUUUCCUGGUAUAUUUGUUGAAGGAUUCCGUAGUGGACAUUUGAAAUUUAAUAUUCCUGGUAUUUUAAAAGACUCUCUGAAACCAACUGAUUCUAUGGAGGUGAAAAUUAACUUACCAACUCCGGAUUUUUGUUCAGAAUCUACUACAUAUGAUCCAUCUCCAUCUGUUAAUUUUAUGCAAGGACGAUAUGCUGAUCAUUAUAGAGAAAGUUCUGAGACUAAUACUACUGGAAAUUUUGGUCGUUUUGGUGCCAGACUUCUACUACAAGACACCGAACAGAGUACACAAAUGGUCACAAACAAUAAUAAUAAUUAUAAUAAUAAUAAUAAUAAUAAUAAUAAUAAUAAUAUGAAUGCAAUGCCAUAUUCAAGUAUUUAUUUUAAUCCCAAUCAAAAUUAUCAAGGUCGUGGGGAGCCUUACCUUUUAAAUUCUACAGAUACUAAUCAGUCUGAUGCUCAUUUACUACACUAUGGUACAGAAAGUUAUACUGUUUCAUCAAAUCCUUAUUCUUCUAGUCGAUUUCCUAGUGUCUAUGAAGUAAUCUCUACAGAUUCAGGUUUACCAUCAAACUGUUUAGUACAUUCAGUGAUGCCUGGUCAUCGAAAGACUGGAAAUGAUGAUGAUAAUGAUAAUAAUAAUAAUAAUAAAGGUGGUGGUUAUAGUAGAAUUACUGGUUACACUCAACAUAAUCAAAAUAACUCUAAAAGUACCAAUAAAUAUUCUCCUUUUGGACAUUUUGAUUUAUGA